UAGGAACCUGCAUGCACAGGGCAGGGUGUUCCCCCCACAUACUCAUGCGGACCCUGCGCUCGCUGAAUGAACAAUAGUCCUGGCGCCACGCCCCCAACUCGAACCCUGACUGGGGGGCCGCGUGAGCCGACGACACCGGGCUCCACCCCAUCCUCCGUCCGGCGCUGCCGGGCUUCAGGCCGGGAACUACCUCUCCCAGCGUGCCCGGGCUGGGAGGGGGCGUGCCCGCCGCUCCAUCCCGGAUCCCCCCUCGCUCGGCCGGCCGGGCGGUGCAGGCUGGGGAAGCGGGCACCAGGCGGAGCCAUGGCGGAGCUGAGAGUGUUUCCCCUCUCCUGCGUUGUGCAGAAAUAUGCCUGGGGGAAGAUCGGCCUGGACAGCGAAGUGGCCAAGCUGCUGGCUAGCAGUGAUCCACUGGCACAGAUUGAUCCAGACAAGCCAUAUGCUGAGCUCUGGAUGGGAACCCACCCUAGAGGCGACGCUAUUAUUCUGGAUAAUCGAAUUCCCCAGAAGACCUUAGGACAAUGGAUAGCAGAUAAUCCUGGAUGCCUGGGAUCCAAGGUCAAGGAGACCUUCCAGGGCCAGUUGCCUUUCCUGUUCAAAGUGCUGUCAGUUAACACAGCCCUGUCCAUCCAGGCCCAUCCCAACAAGGAGCUGGCAGGGAAGCUUCAUGCCCAGUUUCCCGAGCACUAUCCAGAUGCCAAUCACAAGCCAGAGAUGGCCAUUGCACUGACCCCCUUCCAGGGCAUGUGCGGCUUCCGGCCCGUGGAGGAAAUUGUGGCUUUUCUCCAGGAGGUCCCUGAGUUCCGGGCGCUGAUUGGCAACGUGGCAGCGGAGCAGCUGGAGCGCAGUGUGUGCAAUGACCCCCGAGGCGUGUCUGCUGCGCUGCGGGUCUGCUUCACCAGGAUGAUGAAGAGCGAAAAGAAGGUCUUUGUGGACCAGCUGAAUAUGCUGGUGAAGAGGAUUUCCCAGGAAGUUGCUGCGGGAAAGGACACCUCGGGGAGCAGCGGGAAGCUGCUGCUGCAGCUGCAUUCACAGUUCCCGGGAGACAUCGGCUGCUUUGCCAUUUACUUCCUGAACCUGGUGAUGCUGCAGCCAGGGGAGUCUAUGUUCUUGGGAGCCAACGAGCCUCAUGCCUACCUCUAUGGAGACUGCAUUGAAUGCAUGGCAUGCUCCGACAACACCGUGCGAGCAGGCCUGACGCCCAAAUUCAUUGACGUGCUCACUCUGUGUGAAAUGCUGAACUACACCCCAGCACCGAGCAGCUCCAAGGUCUUUGCCCCCACGCAGAGCCGCUUGGAUCCUUGUGUCUACCUCUACGACCCACCUGUGCCAGACUUCACUGUCAUGAAAAUAGAGAUUCCCUCCUCUAUUAAGCUGUACCUCAUCUCAGCCAUCGACUCUGCCAGUAUCCUGCUGGUGAUCCAAGGCACGGCCGUGGGCACCUCCACCGCUGCCAUUUCUGAAAUGACCCUGCGUCGGGGCUCAGUGCUCUUCAUCUCUGCCAACGAGAGCGUCUCCCUGCACCUGUCCUCCCUAGAUGGAAUGCUGCUCUUCCGAGCCUGCUGCCUCCUCUAGCCUGGGACACUUGGCACCUACCCUGCUGUGACUCCACUUAGAAUAGAUAGAAACUGGCCUGUGCAAACUAGACUUGCACACGAUGGGUUAGCCUGAAACUUGCCCACACACCACUGUGUCCAAACCUAAAGCAGCAGGGUCCCAAUCUGUAGAAGCAGCAACUCCAACUCCCAUCCCCUGCCUUGCCUUUCUUCAGCUCCCAGCAUUAAAUGAAGUGCUGGGGGGAAGAGUCCAUUACCUUUCCCCCUCCCAUUAUGUAACACUGUAGAGGCAGCUGCUCCAAGUGGAUACGGAGAGUAGCAGGUGAGGAGUUUCUGUAACAUAGUGCAUCCUGUAGUGCCAGCAGAGCAUUACCUGCACUGUGACAUCUGGUCCUUUUGGUCUCAAGUGGCCCAUGGAGUUGUAGCUGGGGGAACAUGGCUGGAAUUUGUAUGGUGGUAAGAUAGCUCCGAAAGGGACUCCUACCACAACUGGAAAGCACAGUACUGCAAGGGAACGCUGGUGAGUUCCUGCUCGAGGGAUGCUGUGCCUAGCUGUUGGGGGGAAGCUAUAGAAUAAGAUUGUUCAGUUGUUGCAGGAAACUCUCAGUGCUUUUUCUCCUAGCUUGUCAAUUUCCAUCCUUAGUGAUGCAGUUUCAAGCCCUGUGAAGGGUUAGCAGUGGAGGCAGACUUAGCAUGACUCAGAGGGCCAUCUUACUCUAUUAGAUGGGAGUAGGAUGUUCUCCAGCCAUAAGCAGAUCCCUGUGCUGUGCAGGGAAGAGAUGCUCCAAUGAACUCCGUUGAAAGGGUCCAUCUCAAGUGGCCUUGAUCAUCUUGCCGUCUCUUAGGGACAUGUUGUAUUUGAAAUAGGUGCUAGGUGUAAUGGAGAACUCAUGUGGCUCUCACCCCAAUCUGUCCAAAGCAUUUCCUGCAGCAGCUAGGCUGACAGUUGGGAUUGAAUCUCUGGCUUGUCCAAGUCUCCUCUGUGCCUGCCACGUGCUAGCGUUAUUGACUCAUUUUCAUGAACAGCAAGUGCAUCUGUAAACCCCUCAGCCAGCAAACCCUCUCUCCCAUAUGCCCACUUUACUGAGCCCCCUGAUCUUUGGCCUAAAGCCCUAGUCUGGAGAUAGGUAUUAGACACUCUGCAGCUGCUCGUCCAAAGGGGAUGAUAGUUAUUCCAAUGUGUGUAUGUGCCAAUUAGACACUUCUAUGGGUAGAGUGUGGAGGAGAGUCGGGUGGAGUAAGGCAGGUAGAGGGCCAGAAGUGACCAAAUAUGUUUUUGGCAAUUAGAGAAAGGGGUGUGUGUGCAAUCCUGAGCUGUGCUGGAUCAGCCAGACUCUUCAUUCGUGCCUUCCUCCGCCACUGACCACAGAAUUGCCUUGGGCUUAAACUUCCUAUCUUCAUAACAACAAAAGGAGGGGGCGCUGGGAGACUCCUCCCCUCCAAAUUCUGCCCUAGCAAGGCAAAUUCCUUAAAGCAAGACAGCAGAAGGGGGUGAACUGUGUACACUGGUAAGGGUCUAUCCUGCUCUGAAGCAGGCAUCUCAGACUAGUUGGAUGCAGAGGCUGUAGGGGCUAGGAAUUAAGAGCAAUGGUCAGCAUCAGAGCUCCUGAGUUUUAUUCCUGCUUCUGCCUCGCUGUGGGAUUGUCAGCAAGUCACUUAACUUCUGUACCUCCAUCCCAUACCCUGCAAAAUGAGACUAAGUGAUCUACCUCACAGGGGUGUUGAGGCUGCAUGGAUGAAUGUUUGAAGUGCUUGGAGCUCCUUGGCUGGAAUGUGCUAUAUGAGUAAAGUAUUAUCCUUAGCUGUCCCCCUUCCUCUCAGCCAGACUAAUCCCCACUAGCUCUGCUGCACUAGAACUGUGUUUAGAGACCUGGACCUAUUUCUGAAGGGGGAAGCUUGAAGGGUGGUUAGUUCAGUUUGCUGAACCCAACAGGUUGCUCGUUAGAUUUCAUUCGGUUACCCAUGACUCCCAUAGUCACAGGCUAGUGCUAUCAGUUAUACAGGGCCAGGCUUUCUACAGCCCAUUACUUUGUCCCAGCAAGACUGUGACACUACCAAAGCCUGGCGCUAUUUCAGUGUGCCUACAGCUAUAGAUAUUGACUUUGUGUUAUAGUCUAACAGGAGAGGUCAUCCCUACAGGGGCAGUUGGCUUAAGCUUGCAGAUGACAGUUGCUGGCAUUUUUGGUGGGAAGCAACCUGGUUGCAACAUUCCACAAGACAAGAGAUGUGCACCUACUUGUGGUGCUAAUGUUAAGGGUAGUUGAGGCUUGAUUUGUUCACAUCUUAAUGGCAGUCCUAAUGUGUAGCCCUUGAACUGUCUUUGCCCCUGGUGUGGUGACUAGGUCAGGCAGCAGCACAGUAACAUCAGUAUUAAAGAAUUCACUUUAGUUUUCCAACCCCAGAAUGAUCUGCUGGGAACACAUAGGCUGCAGCAGCCAGGCUUGUAGGGUAAGACACUUCCACAGGUGGAAUUAAUCCUUGUUCUUUCACCUGCCUGUUGCUCAUUUCAAUCUUUUAAUCAUGGAUACUCAGCCAGGGCUCUGUUCCUCUUCAGUUCCUUGUUCUGGGAGGAGUGGGGGGUUCAUCUGUCACUGAACCUAGAUUAAUCUGAUACGUACUUCCUCAGGACUUAGUCAGAAUUACACAGCAUAAAACUCCACUCCAGUGGAAUAAUCCCUUUGUUUGGCUUUAAAGAAAAACUCCUAAUUUGAUGUAAUAUUUUAGGCAAUUCCUGUGUUGAGAGGGGAGCACAGUGUUUGUUGUACAAUGAACCUGAGCUCUUAACUGGAUUCAUUCUGGAACCCGAAGGGUUAAAUAGGCUCUGCAGGGGUGGGGAAGGAAAGCUGCAGCAAGAACUGAACCCAAGGAGGAGCCAGCCUUAGGCAUAUAACCUGUGUUUAUGAACCAGUGAUGAGUGAGACUUUUCUUCCCACACACUUGGCUGUGCUGGUUUGACUGGUGCACCAGAUGCUGCUCUACCAAGAGCUAUAAAUUCAUUUAGCAGGGUGGUACGGCUGGGACAGCAGUGACAAAGAACCUUGCAGCAUGGUAUGUCAACAGUUAAGGUAUAGUCAUGGACUGGAAUGUUGUAACAAAGAGGAAUAAAUAAAGAGUCACUGCAGAAGACA